CAGUGACAGAUUUUCUAACCUUAUGAAUGUUUUAAGAAAUGAAUAUUUUUUUUCUCUUUUAUUAUUACAUAGAAAAAUUAUUAUUAUAAACAAUGGGGAAAAUAUGUAAAUAAAAUAAUAAAUAUUAUGUAAAUUUUAUGUUUUUGUAUCGUGAAUUAAGAGAUUAGUUGUAUAUUUAUAAAAAAAAUUGUUUUUUGAAAAUGUUUGAAUUGCCAGCUGAAUUGACAGCUAAACCCUUGGCCUUUGUUGCCAUUACGGGUUUAAAUAUGUCAAAUACAAUUCACAAAUCGAUUUGGGAUGCAUUUAUCAAUAAUCGUCGUCCCGAUAGUGCUGCAAUUCAGUAUAAAUUAUUAACUGGCAAUCUUGAAUUUCCAACUGAGAAACCAAAGAGAAAUUCUUACGAAUGGUACAUACCGAAGGGAAUUUUAAAGAGAAACUGGAUGAAUAAAUAUUUAAAUGAAAUUCCAGCUCUUGUUGUCGUUUUCUAUGAUCUUGAUUGGACAGAUCCGAUGUGGAACGAAAAAACAAUGGAAUGUGUCUCUAGAGUUCGUUCUCUAAGAGGCGUUUUAGGAGAGAGGAACACAAAGUACGCAAUUGUUUUGAUUCAAAGACACGCUGCGCCUCCGGGAACGGAGGACGUUCUCGCAACGGAAAGAGCGACCGCACUUUAUACCGCCUGCGAUAUUCCUGCAAAAUCACUGUACAUUCUUCCUCUCGGCGAUCAUCUUAUAGGAUACAUCACCAGAUUGGAAGGAGCUUUUAACGAUUUAGCGCAAGGAUUUUAUCAUCUCGAAUAUCGUAACGUGAAAGGACAUCGCGAUCAAUUGAAUAAAACGACUCAUCAAUAUUUAUUUGUUCGACAUCAGUUCAAAAUGGGCUUUUUUAAUGAACUCAAACACGAACAUCAUACAGCUCAAAAACACUAUCAGCAGGCUUACAAUAAUUUACUCGACAUACGAAUGGUCGACACGAACUCAUUGGAAAUCAAAACAAUAGCCAGUUUUUUAAACUAUAAACUCUGUAAAUUAAUGUUUUCACUAAAUCUUCCGAAAGAUGCGAUUUCACAGUUUAAGAGUCACACUGAAAGAUUUAAAAUAAGACCGGGACCGCCGGAAUUAAUAUUCGAGCAUCACGCAUGGAUGUCGAGUCAAUAUUCAACGUUCGCCGAAUUAUUCGACGACGCGAUUCGACAGGGACUUCCAGCUGUUCAGACACAGCAUCCUGGCUAUUAUUUCCAACUGGCGGCAAAAUACGCGAGCGAAAGGCAAGCGGCUUCAAAGGAAAUUUGCUCUAGUGUGGAAUCGUAUCCAGAGCCGGAUCCGUUGGCCGACGAGGAGAAAUUGGAAUUUUACGGACAAAGGCCGUGGCGACCGGGGAAACUGAGCGCCGAACCAGCGGAUACAAUGGGCGAAUCUGCGGCAAUUCAGGCUCUUCAAUUUAGAGAGAAAACCACUGUUAAUCAUUCUAUGAUAAUUAUAGGCCUCUUAGGAAAUGCAAUUUCACAAUUUAAAAUCUAUCGAUGUCCGCGAAUGCGCCGAGUACUUGUUAUACAAAUGGCGGAGGAGUAUUUUAACGCAAAAGAUUAUGGAAAAGUUUUAACAUUGUUGAUUCAUAUGUUAUGGGAAUAUCGAAGUGAGCGCUGGCCGCUUUUACAUACGAAUAUUUUAAAGACUGCUCUACGCGCUGCUUAUUUGUCAGUGAGCGUUCAGGAUUAUCUUGCGCUGGCCCUCGAAGCAAUUGGACCGACGACAUUGUUUUCCGAUGAACAUCGUUCCUCAAUUCAUGCAAAUAUUUUCAAUAUUCUCCAGAGGAAACCUCCGAAUCCAGAGGCAGAUUUGCCGGAGAGUGACAAAAAUGUAAUUCAAAAAUGGAGCGCGGAACUUUCCCGACCGGAGCCAAUUUUAUUUACAAUCGACGACAACACAACAUUGUCGUUUAUUGAAAUUAAAACGAGAUUCACUGAACCAAAGUACACUGUUAAUUCGACUGUCACCAUUGAAGUUCUCGUCAGGAACUCGUGCAGAGAGAAUAUUGAAUUUUCGAAAAUCACGGUAACAAUAAACAAUCCUGGUUACAAUUUGGAAAUCCCGAUAAACGGAAGCGCUGACGAUUUCACUUUUCACGAGGGCGAGACGAAAAAAUUCAACUGUCAAUUUCAGGUCGAAUGCAAUGGAAAUGAAAUUCAAAUUAGCGCAGUUUCCUUCUAUUUGGGACGGGAGAAUAAUUGUUGCGUCAUUAUGCGAUUCUCGCCCAACGGAAGUGACAACACUGUCGAUCGAUUGUAUCCCGAAAUUCAACAACUUCGAAGUAACGAAUUUGACAGAGUGAGGAAUUUAACGACAGCGCAAAUAAAGCACAAGGAUGCGAAAAUUAUUUUAAACGUCGAAUCGGAAGAGCCAGCACUACUCGGCGAAUGGUUUCCAAUAAAAAUUUCCGUCACCACCGCCGAGAGUAUAUCGAAAAGUUUUUUAAAAAUGCAUCUUUUAAAUCCUGGGAAUAACGAGCAAUUGACUGAAUUGAGUUUAAAUGCAAAGGAAAAGGAAUCGAAUCUAUCAGUGGAAGUGAAUUUAAUGGAAAAUAAAAGUUUCGAGAGAAUUUUCUAUUUUCGUGCACAUAAAAUUGGAAUGAGAAGUUUUAUGAUAAAUUUAGAUUACAUAAUGAAUGAGCAGAAUAAAAGUUCAGAGCAAUUAACAAUAAAUGUUGGUGUUGUGAAACCAUUUGAAAUUACAACACAAUUUUAUACAAUGCUUUAUGAACCAUUGACAAAGGGUUUUAUUAAUGAGCCAUUCUUCAUCAUGCCACACAUUAAUUGUACAUCGCCAUGGCCCAUCAAAAUUCUAGGCACAUCCAUUGAAUUGGGCGAUUCAAUUCAAAUGGAAAAUGAAGAAGAAGAAGAAGAAAAUAAAGAAUGUAUUUUAUCUGGAAUUAUUCUCAAAGAAGGAGAAUCUGGAACGGAUGUUUAUUCGGUUUUUCCGAAAAUUGGUAGCGAACAACCGACAAGUACUGGAGUCUACACCGUGAGAUGGAAACGGGCGAAUCGAGAAGAUUCGCUGGAAACAAGCAAUAGCGUGACCUUAACUCCACUUUGGGUGGAAGAUUCUGUGAUUGGAGUUGAAGCGAAACUUCCAGCUUUUGGCACUGUGCGAACACCUCUCUGCAUUACUUAUUACAUUCGAAAUCAUUCUGAUUUUUUGAUAACACUUCACAUGACAAUGGAAGCGAGUGACGCCUUUAUGUUCGCCGGAAAUAAAGAGAUUGAUAUUUACAUUCUUCCCGAGAGCGAAAGAAAAGUCGAGUGGAUUUUACGACCUCUCGUCGCUGGAUUUGUUGCACUUCCAAAUUUAACACUCGCCGUUUCUACCGAAGAUGAACAUAAAUUGAGCAAAAACAAAUUAGCCGAAGUUUUAGAAAGAUCUUUACCAAGUCAUAUUUAUAUAAUGCCAAAAUCGCAAAUCUCCGACAAUUAGGAUUUAAAUAAAAAUAAUUCCCCCUAAAGUUCAGUUUAUAUAUUAUUAUUAUUUUUUAUUCAAUAAUUUUAUAAACUGAUCUUCGGG